AUGAGCACGGAGCCUACAGGUCAGGACUGCACCCCCGAGCCUGUCGGACCUGACCCUCAGGAAGUCGCCCUGAUCACCGACUGCGUCCGUGACGCCGCCGCCGCUUCUGCCUCUGAGCCGACCGGCGCCGCUGCGGAGCUCGACCUCGACGUCACCGCCGCUGCCGCUGCCGCUGCUGCUGCUGCUGCUGAUAUCUCCAACACCACCGCCACCACUGCAGAGGACGAAGACGACACCGAAGGCUCUUACUACUGGGAUGCGACAACCAUGGCCCCGCUAAACGCGACAUCGGCGGCUGCCGUCCAACGCCUGCGCUCGUUCCGGCCGCCCGAGUUCCCGCUAUGGGACCAGCUGCCGCUGAGCCGGAGGGCCGCCGUGCUCGUCCUGCUCUACGCGGAUAGGAAAGGAGAUCUGAGGGUCGUCAUCACGAUGCGGGCGGCCAGCCUGCGGAGUUACUCGGGGCACGCGGCGUUCCCCGGCGGCAAGGCGGACUCGCUCGAGGAGACACCUUACCAAAUCGCCCGGCGCGAAGCAUGGGAGGAGAUCGGGCUCCCGAUCGACGACGCAAAGCUGCCCAAGCCCUUCCGGAUAGAGCACCUCUGCUACCUGCCCUUCAACCUCGCCAAGACGGAGCUCGUCGUGCGGCCCUGCGUCGCCUUCCUCCACUCGUCGCCGGACCCCUCGGGCCCGACCGUCGAGGAGGCGCUCAUGCCGCGCCUCGACGCCAAGGAGGUCGCCGCCGUCUUCUCGGCGCCCUUCCACAACUUCCUCCUCGCCACGGACGAGGUGCUGCCGGCGGGCGGCGGCGGCGGCGGCGGCGGAGACAGCGAGAGCCCGCAGGAGAGCCCGCCGCCGCUGCCCAAGGGCGAGUGGUACAAGGGGUCGUGGAUGAACUGGCACGAGGAGCCCUGGCGGCUGCACUACUUCUUCGUGCCCGUGCACAACCAGCGCGUGACCAAGCCGCGGGUGCGCGAGGGCGGGCUCGCGGCCAUCGCCGAGCACCUCGAGGAGGAGCAGGAGGACGCGGGCCGGUACAUGGUCUGGGGCAUGACGGCGCGCAUGCUCGUCGACGCGGCGCGGCUGGCCUACGGCCGCGAGCCCGAGUUCGAGCACAACUCGCACCUCGGCGACGAGCGCAUGAUCGAGGGCCUGCACCGCAUGGGCCGGCUCGGCGAGAAGAAGAAGGCCGGCAGCGAGCUCACGCAGGCGGACCUCAAGGAGGCGGCGAGCAAGAUGUAG